AUCAAAUCCUUUCUAUGCAGUCUAAAAAGGAAGUAAACAGUGACCGAGAACAAUUUAAACGUUAGCGUUUUUAUUGUUAUUUUUUAGACAUUUAUUAACCUAAUGGAACUAAAAAUAUGACUAAUUUAACUGCUAAGCAUCACAUACUUACCCCAAGUAGUCUUUAAUUCGCGUUGGAGACAGGACUUGGUUGAUAGAUGUUAUCUAGGUGACGCUAACUAGCUGCUAACAAUGGCUGACUGUAUGGUUUUUCACACUCAAAUAGCCUCCAUUAUGGAGGUGCUAGCGAAUGCAGCCGUGGCAGAGAUCUGUAAACUCGUAGACGAUGACUACGCAGUGUUUCGUUUGGAAAUAACUCAAAGCCAGAAAGAAAACCGGGGUUUGCGGAGGAAAUUACAACUACUGGAACUGAAGGUGGCACGGGAGCGCGCAGAGAAGACAAUACGAGAGCGCGUCGUCGCCAGUCGUCCCAGUAGUGUCAAGAUCGUCGACCGAUACAGAGGAAUGGCAAGAGGUGAAGGACAACUCACUGGACGCCACAGGAACUUUGUGAAGCCAGCGGGCCACAAUACAUGGAGAAAUGACGAACCCAUAGCUGUAGAUGAAGGGAGUGGAACCUCAACCCAGCACGUUAUCGUAAUAGAGUCUGCAGAUGCAGAGGCUGCAGGCCCUGGGGUCAAGCAGGAGAGAUCUGAAGGAGAGGAGAACCCAUGGCACAGCAGAGACAUCCAGACUGGACCCUAUGAAACCACGGAGGACCCCACCACCGCUGCUGCCGCAUCCCAGCCCAGGACCCGACGCAGCAUCAUGGAGGAGGAGGGUCCAGAGGUGCUGCUGGUGAAGGAGGAGGGGUGUGAGGAGGGCCUGGGGAACCCUGGGGGGACCAUGGUCAUGGAGGACAACCAGACUACACCUCCUGAACCCACAGAGGACCCAGCUGAGCAGCACAGGACCACACACAGUCUCAGUGAGUCAGUAGACAAAGAGGAUGGGAUGCCUGAUCUGCAGCUGGUCAAAGAGGAGACAAUAGAGAACAGACCAGAGAGUGGACUAAAGAUCUGGGAUGAAGGUGGUUGGCUCGAAGCUAACAGAGGAGACUGGGCGGUCAUCUUGGAUUCCCAGACCGGUGCAGCCAAGGUUCCUGUGGACGACGUCACCAAGCAGACCGGGACCGGAGGUGACAUAGUGGAGUCUGCAGUCCAUGAGGACGUGCGGAUAUCUGGUGUUGCUGGCGGGAGAGACUGGACCUCUGAAGCGGCUGGUCUCAAACCCUGGCCCCGGAUCAGGACAAUGGAUCAGGAGCCGUCGCUCUUCCUUCGCGAGUCAGAACCAGGACCCAACCGCGAAGGACAGAGACCCCACCACCACCACACACAACACAACCAGUGGACAGGUGGACUGAACAACAGUCCUGGUGGUCAUCAGAGAGACAGAGGCUCCACUCAUGGAUCCGGUCUGCAGCCCAGACCUUUCUCUUCACAGUCUCAGUGCAGGGAUGGAGCAGGGCCUGGGGCUGAUAAAAAUAGACCCUCCUGUUCCUAUGAUACAAACAGCACAGUAUCCAUGAUGAACAGAGCAGGUCACCUUGGGCUUCAGUCUUCACAGAGAGUGGUGGGAGACACCCCUGGUGGGAGUCUAACAGGAAGUCUGUUUUCUCCUUCAGGGUCUUGUCUAAUGCCUGGUGACUGGAUUCAUAGAAAGCCUGGGCCUGGGUCUAGCCUUCCUCAUCUACCUCAUGGUUUCCCCACCAAUACAGACAGGGUCAGGAUGGGCGUUCACCACAAGAAGUACUUAUCCUGUAACACAGCACACAAUCCCAACCACACCCAAACAAUGGCUAGAGGUCAAGGAGGGAGCUCAAAUACUAACCACCUGAGGGUGGUUGAUCCUGCUUCUACCUCCUCUGGUGUCAUUGGGACACAACGUGGGAGGCCGAGCAUUAGGACGGACGCCGACAAGCCAUACACCUGCCCCACGUGUGGGAAGCGCUUCACUGAGGCGAACUAUGUGAAGAGGCACCAGACCGUUCACACCAAGGAGAGGCCCUUCAAGUGCAAACGAUGUUACAAGAGCUUCUCCUUCCUGAGUAGCCUUAUCAGACAUAGGAGUAUCCACAACGUGGAAAAAUUGUAGCAGUGUGGCUUGAGAUGUACACAGGGGAUAUCUGGGAACCAUUAUUUAGCUUAGCAAUUCUCAACUGGUGGGUCGCAGGAAGGUUUGGAAUGGGUGACGGGUGUCUAAGUAAAAAUGUUUAUAUAUACAGUUGAAGUUGGAAGUUUGCAUACACCUUAGCCAAAUACAUUUAAACUCAGUUUUUCACAAUUCCUGACAUUUAAUCAUAUUACAAAUUCCCUGCCUUCGGUCAGUUAGGAUCACCACUUUAUUUUAAGAAUGUGAAAUGUCAGAUUAAUAGUAGAGAGAAUUAUGUAUUUCAGCUUUUCUUUCUUUCAUCACAUUCCCAGUGGGUCAGAAGUUUACAUGCACUCAAUUAGUAUUUGGUAGCAUUGCCUUUAAAUUGUUUAACUGGGCCAAACGUUUUGGGUAGCCUUCCACAAGCUUCCCACAAUAGGUUGGUGAAUUUUGGCCCAUUCCUCCUGACAGAGCUGGUGUAACUGAGUCAGGUUUGUAGGCCUUCUUGCUCGCACACGCUUUUUCAGUUCUGACCACACAUUUUCUAUAGGAUUGAGGUCAGGGCUUUGUGAUGGCCACUCCAAUACCUUGACUUUGUUGUCCUUAAGCCAUUUUGCCACAACUUUGGAAAUAUGCUUGGGGUCAUUGUCCAUUUGGAAGACCCAUUUGCGACCAAGCUUUAACUUCCUAACUAAUGUCUUGAGAUGUUGCUUCAAUAUAUACACACAAUUUUCCUUCCUCAUGAUGCUAUCUAUUUUGUGAAGUGCACCAGUCCCUCCUGCAGCAAAGUACCCCCACAACAUGAUGCUGCCACCCCCGUGCUUCACGGUUGGGAUGGUGCUCUUCGGCUUGCAAGCCUCCCCCUUUUUCCUCCAAACAUAACGAUGAUCAUUAUGGCCAAACAGUUCUAUUUUUGUUUCAUCAGACCAGAGGACAUUUCUCCAAAAAGUACAAUCUUUGUCCCCUUGUGCAGUUGCAAACCGUAGCCUGGCUUUUUUAUGGCGGUUUUGGAGCAGCGGCUUCUUCCUUGCUGAGCGGCCUUUCAGGUUAUGUCGAUAUAGGACUUUUACUGUGGAUAUAGAUUUGUAGUACCUGUUUCCUCCAGCAUCUUCACAUGGUCCUUUGCUGUUGUUCUGGGAUUGAUUUGCACUUUUCGCAACAAAGUACGUUAAUCGCUAAGAGACAGAACGCGUCUCCUUCCUGAGCGGUAUGACGGCUGCAUGGUCCCAUGGUGUUUAUACUCGCAUACUAUUGUUUGUACAGAUGAAUGUGGUACAGUGCCUUGCGAAAGUAUUCGGCCCCCUUGAACUUUGUGACCUUUUGCCACAUUUCAGGCUUCAAACAUAAAGAUAUAAAACUGUAUUUUUUUGUGAAGAAUCAACAACAAGUGGGACACAAUCAUGAAGUGGAACGACAUUUAUUGGAUAUUUCAAACUUUUUUAACAAAUCAAAAACGGAAAGUUUUAUAUCUUUAUGUUUGAAGCCUGAAAUGUGGCAAAAGGUCGCAAAGUUCAAGGGGGCCGAAUACUUUCGCAAGGCACUGUACCUUCAGGCGUUUGGAAAUUGCUCCUAAGGAUGAACCAGACUUGUGGAGGUCUCCAAUUUUUUUCGGAGGUCUUGGCUGAUUUCUUUUGAUUUUCCCAUGAUGUCAAGCAAAGAGGCACUGAGUUUGAAGGUGGGCCUUGAAAUACAUCCACAGGUAGACCUCCAAAUGACUCAAAGUAUGUAAAUUAGCCUAUCAGAAGUUUCUAAAGCCAUGCCAUAAUUUUCUGGAAUUUUCCAAGUUGUUUAAAGGCACAGUCAACUUAGUGUAAACUUCUGACCCACUGGAAUUGUGAUACAAUGAAUGAUAAGUGAAAUAAUAUGUCUGUAAACAACUGUGUCAUGCACAAAGUAGAUGUCCUAACCUACUUGCCAAAACUAUAGUUUGUUCACAAGAAAUUUGUGGAGUGGUUGAAAAACGAGUUUUAAUGACUCCAACCUAAGUGUAUGUAAACUUCCGACUUCAACUGUAUAUAUGAGUAAAUAUAUAUAAUACAUAUAUACUGUAUAUCUUUCUUCUUUAUUUUUACAAAAAUACUAGUCUCAACUUAAACGACUUAAACCAGGUAGAAAGUGUGUAGAAAUGAUAAUGAACUUAUAUUUUUCAGAAAAUAAAUUACUUUGAAGAUU